AUCAGGGCGUCGCAGUUGGGCAGAGAGAGUGACGAAGCCGAGAAGCAGACUUCAUAUACCUGUUGAGAAUGAGGGCAAGAAGCUACAGUUAUAGUCCUUCUCCGCCAAGGGGUUAUGGUCGAAGAGGGCGUAGUCCUAGCCCAAGGGGACGACAUAGAACUCGGGGAAGAGAUCUUCCUACAAGUCUUCUAGUUCGUAAUCUGCGUCGUGAUUGUAGGCCAGAGGAUUUACGCAGGCCUUUUGGCCAGUUUGGCCCUCUCAAGGACAUCUAUUUGCCACGUGAUUAUCAUACGGGCGAACCACGUGGGUUUGGUUUUGUGCAGUAUGUUGAACCUGCUGAUGCUGCAGAAGCCAAAUAUCAGAUGGAUGGGCAAAUUUUUCAUGGUCGGGAACUAACUGUUGUAUUUGCAGAGGAAAAUAGAAAGAAGCCUGCUGAGAUGAGGGCGCGUGAACGUACAAGCAGGGGGGGUCGAGCACGGGAUGACAGGCCAUAUUCCAGGCAUUCGCGAUCUCCUCGAUAUUCACGCUCUCCUUACUAUUCACGUUCCCGAUCUCGUAGCCCCAGUUAUCACUCUCCUUCUCCCAGGCCAAAGGAAUACACAAGAUCAAUUUCACCAGACCACAAGAGGUCUCACCGUGAUGACUCGUAUCAUCAAUCUCCAUACAAUUCAAGAAGCAGAAGCCCUGUUGACUUUACUCAAAGGAGAUCUGUGAGAGAAAGAUCUGCAUCAGUGAGUGGUUAGUUGAUGCCUGGGGCUAAACUAUAUAGAUUGCAUUUCUGUUGGUGGAUAAAUGUAGUGGGAUUAUAUUUCGGUGGAGCAUAAUUGUCUUUCUAUGUUAUCUCCAGUCCUUAUGGAAUCACAGUAUUUGUACUUUUAUUGGCUUGGAUACGGAAAAAUCCACAGUAUAUCGGCUAUCUUUCUUUUCUUGAAAUGCAAAAACAAAGUAGUUUCUUU